GAGUGGGCAAAGACACUCCAGCUGCUCGAGGAAAUGCAGGUGGAGGAACUGGAACCAGACAUCAUAUCCUUCAACUCAACCAUCGCCGGCUGCGAAUGGGAGAUGGCCCUGGUCUUGCUGGAAGAUGCCACUCAAAGAGACCUAGAAGGGACCAUCAUCACCUAUGGCUCUGCCAUUACUGCCUACGGCAAGGCAGAGCGGUGGCAGCAGGCGCUUCAGUUGCUGCACGAGGUACAGGAUGGGCGUCUCCGUGGAAAUCUCGUCACCUGCAGUGCGUGUGUCAGUGCCUGUGAGAAGGCCGGCAGAUGGCAACUGGCCUUGGAGCUGCUGAAAGCGGCUCAGGAGGAGUCUCUGCAUCCUGACGUCAUCCUACUGAGCGCGGCAGUGAGCGCUUGCGAGAAGGGUGCCGAGUGGCAGCAGGCUUUGGCGUUGCUGGCCCUCGCCCCAACACUGAGCCUCCGAGCGAACGUGACGACCUACAAUGCAGCCAUCAGUGCGUGUGAGAAGUGCGAGCAGUGGCCACAUGCUCUGGAGCUUCUUGCAUGUCUCCACUCUGCGCAGCUCCGCGCCGACGUGAUUUCUGUCAGCUCCGCCAUCAGCGCCUGCGGGCGAGGUGAGCAAUGGCAACGCGCAAUGGCCUUGAUGUCAAGCUUUAAGGAACGUGCCGGUCAACUUAACGACGUGGCCUUCAAUGCCGGGAUAUCGGCAGCUGAAAAGUCUGGAAGAUGGAAGCUGGCUUUAUCUUUACUGGCGGACUCCCUUUGCACUCUAGCUGCGCCGACAGUGAUAUCUUGCGGUGCCACGAUCAGCUCCUGUGAGAAGGGCGAUCAGUGGCAGUGGGCUGCACACUUUCUCCGGGAGCUGCCGCGACAUCAGGUUCAGGCCAAUGCGAUCACCUACAAUGCUGCCAUCAAUGCAUGUGAGAAGGGCGAGCAGGCUGUUUCCAACACACGCUCUGCGACCUAG